GGGAGCAGUGUUUACAGCGAUCGGUCCGAAGAAUCACGUCGUCGUCGUCGUCGUCGUCGUAGUUGUUGUCGCCGUCCGUCGUUGCCGCGCGUCAUAUGAGACGGUGAUUCGUUCGAUCGUUUUCGUUAUUACAAUAUUAUAUUAAAUUAUUUUUAGAGUAAAAAAUAUUUUAAAACGAUAAGACACAGCAACAAUCGUAUAAUAAUUCCGUGUUCGCCGCCACUCGACUGCGUACGACGCGCCGUUGUUCCUCUUAACCGCACCGGCCCAUAAUCCGUUGUUGUACACGAAACAAGCAUACAGACGGACCGAGACAGCUCCCGUUUGUCCGCCGCCGCGUCGUCAGCCGAUGUCAACUGCAGCACGGCGCUGUAGUCACGCCGCCGUGGUCGGCCGCCGACGUCGCCGCCGCCGAGUCACUUCCGUGCCGCCGCAGUCUGCCGCCACCGAUUCGCCUAGGACUAGUAGUCGCGACCACCGCCGCCGCAGCCGUUCCGACUGAACAUCUGACCGACGACUGCAAACUGUACGGGGUGUCAUCGACAUCUUAUGUGGCCAAAUAGCCUGUCAUCUGGAUGCAGCCAGGAGAGCGGCGGGGAGUUGGGCGGUUUCCCUGCUACUGCCGCGGCCGCAGCGUUCGCCGCCGCGGGUGGCUCGGGCGGCGCGCCGCCGUCACUAGGCUCGUCCAUGCAGGCCGCCGCCGCCGCGUACCACCUCAAGAACUCGGCGGCGUCUUCGCCGUACGCCGCCGUCAACAGCAUCGGUCUGAUGGACUCGUUGCAGACCAGCAUGGGCUGUUACCCAACGGCGGCCGGUCAGAACUACCACCACCAUCAUUCCACCACGUUGUCCCUGUUCAAUCACCUCGGCAACCCGAGAAAACAGCGACGUGAACGAACCACAUUCACCCGGACGCAGUUGGACGUGCUGGAAACAUUGUUCGCCAAGACUCGAUAUCCAGACAUAUUCAUGCGCGAAGAGGUUGCCCUGAAGAUCAACUUGCCCGAAUCCAGAGUACAGGUGUGGUUCAAGAACCGGAGGGCUAAAUGCCGGCAACAGGUGAAACAGAACCAGCAGCAGCACCACAACGGCACUGGAGCGGACAAGACGGCGUCGUCGAGGAACAACAACUCGGCCGGCAACAACGGCCAGAAAUCUUCGGGGAAAUCGUCCGGCGGCGGCGGCGGCGGCGGCGGCAACGCGCCCGUCAACAACAACAACAAAAUGUCGCCGACGAUAAACGGCGGUGUCGGCGGUGUGGGCGGGGGCGGCGUGACGAGUUCGACGGCCGGCAACUCGCCCGUGUCCACCGGCACGUCGCUGUCGUCCAGUCGACAGUCGCCGCCCGGCGGUGGAUCGUCGUACAUCAAGCCGAUACUGAGCGGCACGCCGCCACAACCGCCGUCUGCCGUGUACCUCCCGAGUUCCGGCGGUGGAGGUAAUACGCCGGGAUCGAUAUGGAGCCCCGCCAUCACGGAACCACCGCCGGGACUGGUGGACUUGCACCAUCACAGCACCAGGUCGUCUCCAGUAGGCUCCAGCGGAGGUUACUCGACCAACGGCAGCACCGGUGGCAACUGUUAUUCGUCUCAUCACCACCAUCACCAACCGCAUCAUCACCAUCCGCACCACCAUCACGCGGCGGCGCAUCAUCACCAGAACUACGGCGGUUACUACUCGAACAUGGACUAUCUGGCACCACCGCCGACAAUGUCGUCGCAUCAAACAGCCGAGAACGGUUCGGAGUCGGCUUGGGUGAAGCGCGAAGACGCGUCGUCGUGGUUUUACAACUCGGCGGGCUGGGAACGCAAGUAAACAACUGGAACCAGGGCCAGGGCUGUUGCACGCCGCCGCCUACGUCUUCCCGCGAAGCUGCCGCCCGUCAUCCGCGGCCGGCAGAGAUGUAUCUUUUCGCGGGGCGGCCUAUACAUAAGUGCAUGUAAAUAAAUUAUCAUAUUCGGGCUGAUGCCGAGGACGACGGCGGGGACACGUCAUGACCAACAGCUUCCUGAAAACCACACAAAGAUUGUACAAUAUGAAAAAUAAAUAGGCUGACAUCGUUUUAAAUUAAAUUUUCGACUCGAGCGCGCACGUCAGACGUCCUUAGAAUAAAAUUAUGAUAAAAUAAUAAUAUUAUAAUGACUUAAAUAUUGUAUAUUCAGUGUGGAUGCGUGCUCGUUUACUGCACCGGUUCACCGAUCGAUGUAUCGACGAUCAGGAGUAAAUUAUAACGCGUCGUAGAUGAUCAACUAGAACAGCUAUGGUUCGGUAAAAUAAUAUAAUAAUUAUGUUGUCGUAUUUAAUAUAAAAUGUGUGUGUGUGUAAACGGUUACGUGUAUAAAUGACGUGUAAUAAUUACGUAGUGCAGUGAAGCCACUCUCACAUACGCUAUAGGUACCAAUAUUGAUAAGAUGGUUUCAAAUUUCAAUUAGAUAUGGUUCAAACAGUAAUCUUAUUACUAAAAGAGUUUUGCCACACAAGCACACAAUAUUAUACACGUUUCGUGUAAACGUCAACUUAUUUAAGAAUUUUAGUAAAAGUAAAGGUUUCAGGUAAAUCUAUUAAUUUUUUUCCUCAGAGGUUUCACUGCGCUUAUAAUAGUAAUGCAAAUGUCGUGUGUAAAAUAAAUCUUCAGUGAUCUCGUUAAACUUGUUAAUUUUCGAUACAAACUGUUAUUGUACUUAACCUUCUUCUAUACGCGUUGGUCAUUCGUCAACUUGCACGAGCCACAUUAAUCUGCAGAUCGAAGAAUUUCGGAUUUAAUUUACCGCGUAGACGACAUAGGCGGUAGUCUAUUAAAAUUUCAAAGGAGCUAAUAUUUUUAACAUUAAUCUAAGCCUCCCAAGCACCCCGGGGGACUUUCGCCAAUGGUAGACGAUCUAAAAUAUUCUUAUAACCGAUCAAAACGAUAACCGAAUAACCGGCAAUUAAAGUUUAUUUGCAUUUAUGUGCCAAUAAAUCCUAGACUAGUUCCGAAAUCGUGUAAAUAAAAAUAUUUUACCAAUAGAAGAACACGUAUCUCCAAUGUAACAGUAUAAUAAAAACCGUUAUAGCAAUGUAUUCAUUUAACUUUUGUUACGUGUAUCGAUUAAAUAAUAACAUAUAGAUACCUACCAAUAAUGCGUACUAUGUAUAAGAAAUUUUAUUUCAUUCGAUUAUUAGAUUUUUGCCGAUUGUUCGAUCGAUUAUUUACGAGCAAGUCGAUAACCGAUGAUUUAUUAUGAAAUUGCAUAAUCCCCCGGCACAAUACGCGACCACCCCUCGGCCACGCCCAUAAACCAUCGUAUGUACAUGAUCGUAUAUUAUGUUAUUGUCGGAUGUUAAACCGAACGCGAGAGGAUGUACACACGCUAAUAUAAUAAUAUGACGAUACGACAAGCCAGGGGCGCGGUUUCAGAUUUUCAAUAGGGAUCUGAACACUUAAUAAGCGACCCACUUUUGCUUUCCGAGGGAUUUGCAGCGUACGAUAAAAAGGUUAAAAAGCACAGCUAUUAGAAAAUAUCGUUGUCACAUCUUAACUAAUAAUCAGUAAAAAUUAAUUUUUCCAUCCUUUAAUUGCCACAGAUUGCGAGUAGGGAAAUAUUGAUAUACAUAGUCAACUCAUCAAUGAUGUUGCUCAAUGAUUGUUUUGCAUAUCCGGGCUACAGGGAAAAUAAGUCACCUGAAUGACGUACCGCGCCUGUAAGAGCGUAUUUAUGGGGGUGGACUAUGUGGCAAAAGUGACUAGUUUUUCUACAAGGGUAGUUGGCGAAUUCAAAAUGACAUGCGUGUUUAAACAAAAUAAAUUUUGUGUAAUAAGAUAGGUGGCACAGGCCACAAGUAUAUAAUUUGAUUUAUAGUCGCUUAUACCAGCCCAAGUCAUCAUAAUCAUUUUUCAAAUUCCUAACCAAAUAACCAAUACGGCUGUUUGCAAAGUUUUUUUGAAUGUUGUUAUAUCGAAUUUCAAAGUUCACAAAAAUGAAAUAAUUAGAGUCCGCUCUACAAUCAUAUAUUCAUGGAUAUUAGGUAUAGACAUUUUAUUAGAAAGUUGAGAGUAUCAAAAUUCUUAGAUGUUCGAUUGUUAAGAACAUUUUAAUAUAUUUAAAUAUUAUAUAGCAUAUUAGUUCAUACCUAAUCUAUUUAUACGUCUACUGAAAUGUCUUUUGCAAUAAGAGUUUUUUAUCUUUAUCUUCAAGUUUCGUUCAUUUCAUAGAUCUAGUUUUCUGAACUAUCAAGAUGAUCAAACUGUCUAUAAAGUAUAGAAUUUUAAAAAUAUAUAAGCCAAAAAAGUAUUUUUAAUAAUAUUUUUUUGGAAACUAACAAUUGUGUAUUUUUGUUCAGACAAAAUUAUAUCGGUGUUUGUAGGUCGGAUUCUAAAUCUUAUAAAUAAACAACAUUCGAUAAAACAAUUUUUUUAAAUUUUUUGUGUUUUAUUAUUAUUAUCACUAUUAUUAUUAUUAUUAUCAUUAUUAUUAUUAUUAUUAUUAUUAUAUACAUGUACAUAUUAUAUACGGUGUGAAUUUGGGGAGCGAUAUUUUUUUUUAUUUUGAAGGGUUUAGCCAAGCCCCUCUCCCCCCUAUAAGCGAACCCUUAUAUCCGCCAAAACUCCACGCUCUCCAAAACAGCGCCCCUGCCCAAACUCGCAGGCCUAUCAUCGAAAAUGGACGGACAAUAAUACCAGAUGUGUGUAACGCGUAAUCUUUUCAAAAACAAUCGGGCUGACGUACCUAUACUCGUCGAAUGUUCCUUCUCGUAUAUCUGUAUUAUUUUUUUUUUAUUCCUCCGUCGCCUUUACAAUAAUAUUUCAUAUAUUUUAUUAGACAGCGUUCAAAGCCGCGCGUUUAGUUCUGUACCAAAAAAUAUUUCGUCUCCAUUAGUUUCGAGAUUUUUAAUCGAUCUUCGAUUCGAAAUCAAAUGACUAUUUGGGUCAUCAAUUAUUUACGUUCAAUAAUAUCGGAAACAAUUUACCAUGCAAUUAAUAAUAUAACAAAUAUUUUGUUACAAAUCAUUAUAACAGGUGGGUAUGUGGAAAAAACACGUUUCUACCUUAUUAGGAACUCGGUCAGUGUCGUGAUUAGUAAUAGAAAGGACUCUGGUUGAAUAUAGUUGCAUCCAGCAUUAAUAGCCACACGUAUAACUCCGUUAAAAACUCAUACAUUAUAUUUAUUUUCGAAAGAAUCUGUAAAGGUACAUAUUAUUUUCAUUCUUCAAAUUACUUUUUAACAAUAUCUUUAACAAACUCGGUAGGUAGUUAUGCAAUGUUUUUGUUUUGAUAGUUUAAAUCGAAUUUUCAAUCAAGCGUUUAAAAUAUUUCUUAUUAUAUUAAAUCUUGUUUUUCAUUUUAUUAUAUUAUAUUAUUAUAUAAAAAAAAAACAUUUCAGUGGUGGAUUUGUGCCCACCCGCCCAUCGGGCCUACGUGCUCACCCGUUAUUAAUGACGAUUACGCGAGGGCGGUGUUGUUUAUUACUCGAAAUUAUCAUGUAAAUAUUGAAUCGGAGAAAAAAAAUUAUAAAAAAAAAAAUGUUUGUUUAUGUGUAAAUAAUAAUAAUAAAUGUUGUAUACAUUUCUCCAUACAUAGGUAUAUAUUAUUAUAUAAAUAUUGUAUUAAGCAAAUGGUAACGAAAUCUUUUUUUUUUUUAGUAUCUAUAUUAUUAUAAAAAACAUAAAUUUUAGAUAAUUAUUUGCAAGUUGUAUAAUAUUCUUAUAUUGAAAACAAUAUUAUAAUAUAUAUGUGUAUAAAAUAUGUGUACGUUAGAAUCGGUCUUUCUUUUUCAAAGACACGAACUGUGUUCCAAAUUUUGUUUUUUUUUUUCGCAAUUAGUUUGAUCGUAUAACAUUAUAUUAUUAUAAUACACUAUAUCUAUAUAUUAUAUAUAAAUAUCAUAUUAUAUUGUACAUUAUUACAGUUAAGAAAUAAUAAAUUAUGCAAAUUAUUUUAUAGUGUAAAAUAAAAACUCAA